UCGGAGUCCCGCCUUACGAGGAACCAAUCGCGUCACUCGGCUCCCCACUUGAAUUUCUACUCCACACUUAGCCGUGUGCCCGGCGUGCUCAUUCUGCCGAUCCGAUAUUCUGGCUCAUUCUGAAGCAGACAAUUGCAGGCAUCACACGUUGGCUAGCGAGACGGCUAACCGAAAGACCGUGAAAACCACGACGUAUGCAGUUUUCUAUUCGACAGAACCAGUAAUCGACCAUACAUCAGUAACUGAUCACCCGGAACUGUAAUCUUCGGUUAACUGUCAACUGUCAGCCAAGGACAACUGCCAAAAAUCGAGCGAAAUUUAGCACACAUAGUUCGCCAUCGAGUUCAUCAAGAACCACGUCAGUGAAACGCGAAGUGUUCCUUAACGCAAGACGUUUCUUGUAAGAGGAAUUUAAGACCGCUGGGAGCCAUCCGAAACGAUCCAGUUUCGAUUUUCGUAACGAGAGUGUUGGUGAAACGGUCAUACCGGUAUUCGAGAUGGCGUUUAUGAUGCCUGUGGUGAAAAACGAGUGGGAUAUUUACAAGACUAAUCGCAGCAGGCGCUCAUCCGAAUGCUCCAAUCCCCAGGCCUGUCGCAGCAGGAAGGUGUCCGAGUGUUCCAAAUCGGAAGGACCUUCACUCUCGACCUCGCCAGGUUCCGAUUUCUUGACAUCACCAGCUCACCGCUCGGUACCACUUACCUCAAGGCAUUUCUCAAGAACGUCUUCACGAGCCUCUCAAAGUUCCCUCCAGAGCCCAAUCAAGAGCACCGGUUCCUCGCCCCCGAAGACUGGCAGCUCUAAUUCUCUAAACAAGUUUCACAAUCGGCUAGUGGACAAGCUAAAGCGGUCCUUGAAGAAAGCGGACGACGGUGCGGAUGACCAGAGGAACCUCUCGUGAGGCAAUCCAGUGGUUUCGUACCGGCCGCCCCUGACCGGCUCGAAGCCGAUCGAGAUUCGCCGUAUUUCGGCACCACCUUCCGUUUCCGGAACUAGUAGCGUCAAGGUUGCACGCUCUUGUCCGGAACCGCCAGCCUGGUAGAGGAGUCGCUCAUCCGAACGAGAGUCACCAGCGGAUUCUCAGAGAUAGCCAAAACGCUUCUUCUUUCGCCUCCAUUCCCAAAAGCGUCCUUCGAGCCGGCUUGGCCUUUAAUAUUUUGACUUUCACCUUAUUCAUCCAUACGAGCCUGAAGGUCAUCCAUGAGAUCCAGAAAGUGAGCAGGAAAGAGAAAGAAAGAGAUAGAUAGAUAGAAAGAAAGAAAGAGCAGAUGAGAUCCCGAUGACAACAAUCAGAUUCAGGAAAUGAUCAGGGAUAGUGAAGGUCCCAAAUUGAUUCAGAGGUCAAUCAUGAGAUAAUUCAAAGAUCCAGAAACACAAUUUUUGAUGUAUAAUGUUGAUCUAGAUAGGUAGGCCUGGAUGGGAUCUUCAAACCCAGACGAUAUUCACCAACUAUCGGAGAAAAAGUACUUGGAGCAGAUAAAGGUGGAGGAUAUUUUUGAAGGAAUACAAUUUCUUUGAAAGAGUUUUUUUGAGAGCGUAAUUCUGGAUUAUAGGAGGAUUCUUUACCGGACAAUUACUUUCUUGUGCAUCCUUUUUCUACAUUAGUGUGUUCUAUUUCAAUCCCAGCAUCGAAUGAUCAACGAUCAACACCAUAGCGACGAAUGAUUGGUUUCCAUUCUUUGUUUAAACACUCUACUUGACCAGCCUGCCUUGGGUUUGUAAAUCCGCAGACUUUCCGUUAUUCAGAAAACGAGAAACAAGGGGAGAGUGGAGAUUUUAAUAGAUUUUCCCCGUUUCUUCACUGGAAUGAAGACUAUUGGGAAAUCUGCUUAAGAGAAUGAGUGUUUUGAUGUCUCGUUCGUCUUGAUAUAUAGCUUCAUGCUCUUUCCUUGAUUCUCGUUUUCGAGAGCGAUUUUAAUACUAAAAUCAUUACCAACUAAGUCUACACAAUAUCAGAGUUCUAAAGAGCUCACUUGGGCUCAAAACAUCAAACAUUUAUCAUUCGUGAUCAGAGCGAUGUUGAAAAUUCAGUUUGACAACUAUAUAUAUUUGUCCCAAAAUCAAAGAAAAUUUUCUCGUAAAAAUUAUCAAAAAUCAUCGGUUAAACACUCUUUGGAAUAGAAGCGAUGACUGAAUUUAAUGCAUACUUCGAUCGCAUUUCGAAUCUCGAUUGCUCUAUAUGGCAAAACGUCUUCUACACUUUCAUCUCGAGAUUCUUGUUUGGAGACUAUAAAUAAUACCAAUGCGAGGUUCGCUUUAAGAUUAAAGAAUGGGAUGUGCGGAGAGCAGAAAUGUCCAAUAUUAUCCAUUUUGGGUGAAAGGGAAAAGGCCUCUGUAGCGUUAUCCCCACCAUGGUUCCCUUUGCACUCGAGGCGUAGUUGGGACUAGGAGUGGGGAUAAAUGGGGCGGAUCCUAAAGCCCUCGGGUGUUAAUUUGGGUAUUUCUGUGUGAAGGUAGCCAAGAAAAGGCAGAUAUUUAAUUAUUCUGUGACUAGUAAAAGGCAUAUCUUGUUUCAAGAUUGAGUUGAGGCGAUUCCGGUUGACUCACGGAAUAUUAAUAAUUAUUUUGCGCCACCGGAUGUCGCUUACCUUUUGAUUUUUUUAGCUUUUAAGAAAGACAAUGAAUGAGAGGGGGGGGGGGAGUGAGAGAAAGAGAAAGCAGUAGGUGCUAAUCGAUAAAGCACAGAGCGGUGUCUAACGAAAGCCUAUAAGGAAAGACUUAUAUUUAUUGUAAAGAUGAUCGCAGGAUUCUUCGUACUUACUCGUUACUUAUCCUGUUCAUCAGAAAAAAAUUCGUGCCAGGCGAUCAUGAAUUGGCAACUUGAUACUAAACUUAAAACGAUACUGAAAUUAUUGAAAAUAAUUUCGAAACACGUACUUUUAUCACGUACAGUAUUAGCAGAGGAGUAUAUUUUGAUACGAAAUUCUAUAUUUAGUUCGAGUCUAAUUAGCUUUAUCAAUACUCAAAGUGAAAAAUUGAAUUCAAGUGAAAUUAGUCAUAUGUAUUAGAAUAAAGAUAAAGGGCGAUUGGAAGAUCGUUUUGGCGCGGAUUCUUUUUUUCCAAUUUUCAUCUAGUUUAACUAAGUAAAACUAAAUUUUUUUUAAAUCUGCUCACUAUCCAAAUAGGCGGUGCCAUCGUACUAGACAUUUUGAACUGGGGAUUCUCGUAUAAAUAAAAAAUAAUAAUGCAAUUUUGUUAAAAGUGUACAUUCUUCUGGAAAUUUACUAUCUACUUUCAGUAUUGGCAUUAGUUAUUUAAAAAGAGAAUCCUCGGUUUGGAAAGUAAGGUCACGUUCACGUCCUUUUAGUUUAGGAUAAAAAGAUAGAUACUCUCCAAUGUUUUCUAUAUGUUAUUGUGGCUGGGCUGCAAGAAACCCCAUGAAAAUGCAACAAUUUUCUUUUUAAAUCCAGGCACAUUCGAAUGUUAGAAGCUUCUUUUUUUCAAAUUUAAAUUGUCGAUAAUUUUUUGAAAUUUGACGAAAGGAAAAGAAACGAUAACGAUGCCGCGUGUAACUCUGUGAUACCGUAAGCUAAGAUAGAAUUAUUUCUGCAAUGGUUAUAGUCAAGAGAGAUAAACAUAUAUUUGCAAAACACCGAGCGAAAGCUGAAAUACAGCUAAUCAGAUUCAUAUCUCUGGCAUUGUUCGUUUGAAUGCUUGCGGUGUUUAAAAGUCUCAGUGACUUCUAGAGAAAGUGUACGUGGAUCCGUUGAAAAUUUUGAGAAACUUUUGAGAUGAAGUCAUUUAUCUUAAAUUGUAUUCGCUAUAUUCGUUCGGCGUUCGGCAUGAACAACGAAAGGGUUCCUUCUGACGUAAGAUUAAUGAUAGUGAUAAUAGAAUCACGUAUUGCCAGCAAGGAUUUGCAUUUUUGAGAGGGUGCGAGCGAUGUACAUAUUUUCAAAAAUUGUUGCUUACUUUAGUCAAAUCAAACUAUUAAUAUCAAAUUAUAAUUAAAUAUGAUGCAAAAUCUCUUUGGUAUAGUGCGAAAUUAUCAACCUUUCAAGUUCGGAAUAUUGUUCAAUACAUAAACACUAAUUAUUUAUUUAAAAAAAUGUAUCAAGUGGAUUGAUUGAAGUAAGAAAUGAUUUUUGGGGUUUAGGAGAGAGAAAACAUCGGAUUGAAAAAUGGCGCGUGGACGUGUCGUGGUAUAUCGAAGAUAAUUUCCAAGUUGCCGCUUUUAAGACUGCUUUAAACGAAAAAAAAUGAUUAUUCUAGCCAAUUGGAUGUAUAGGAAACGUGGUGCUGGACGAGAUUUGUGGACCGACAAUAAUUGUUGGAAGAUAAAAAAAAUAGUUUCUUCGUACAUUAUGAAGUAGAUAUGUCUUUCCCCCGAUAACGAGAAAUUUCAUUUUUUAAAUCAACAUUUUCUUAAUCCGAGAAAUCAUGGUUGAUUUUAACGAAUAUUUUUUAAUUUUAAUAAUUCUUUUUUUUAAUUCUAAGCUAAAAAUCGAUCCCAGAUCUCGUCGAAAAAUUUGUACUGAUUUGAUUAAGCAGUGUUACUAUAGUUAGUGAGAGAUUGAAAAGAUACAAUCUAUUUAUUACCGACAUCACUUGAGGACUGUCAAACAGAGGAGACCGGGUUACACUGUUGAAAUUUAUUUAAAGCGCGUACGUGAAGUUAUUCGCAUUUAAUCCAUUAUAUAUCAGAAGCGCGACUUUGUCUUUGUGAUUCUACAUUAAUUGUAAUUUUAAUUCAAGUACUAUCUUCAUUUUUCAAAGUAAAAUUGACGUGCAAUGGAGUAUUACAAAUUUAUUUCAAAUUGAAUAACUUCACGUGCUUGAUAAUGUUAUAAUUUUAUACAAAUUUAUAUGCUCAGCACUUUGUGCUGUAAACGAAAAAUUUCAGCAGAGUAGAGCAAUUGUAAAAUUUUUUCGAAAAACUCUUUUUUUGAUUCAGAGUAGACUCUUCCGAAAUUGAGCACAGUUUUCUAAAGUGAAAGAUUCCCAGAGACGAAAAAAUUGGUUUCAAGGUCUCCUCGAGAAUUUUUUGUUCCAGAGUGGAUUGCUCUAAUUUAUUCGAAAACUAUUUUUUUCUAUUACGAUUCGUGAUACCUCUCUCGGGUCAUUUUGGGCUGAAUUUUAGAGCCUGGCUGAGGAGAAACGAGAAGGCAUUUCUACUUAACGAUUGCAUUUUUUGAGUAUCAUGAAAAUAGAAUAUUUUUCUUUCCUAUUUUUUUCAUAGGUAUUAUUUUCUCGCCUUUAUGCGUAUAAAAGUUUAUAUAUUGACCGCGGAGUUUUCUCCUCAUCCAUGGCAAUUGAAUAUCACUGCCAAAAGCCCAGGAAUAUUCUAAAGUCGCCGAACUCAAAGCGAUUCAGUGAAAUUUCGAGUUCCGAUGAACUUUUUCGACUUUUAAUUCGUAGUUAUUUAUUUUUUGACGAAUAGGAUAUUAUUAUAAAGCCCCGCUUUGCUCGUUUUUCUCGAUUUAUAAUUUAUACACUGUGCUUUGAAACGACAAUCCGGCUUACCGCAAAAUUAGUGAUUUCCAAAUUUCUGGAAUAUUUUAGUAGUUUUGAUGAUUGAUUUUUGGAAAGGAAAAUAUUUUGUUCAAAAUUAUAUAUCGAGAGGGCGAGAAAAAGUGGGGUGCACAUUCCAUGCGUAUAAGGUAGAUUAUUGUAUAAUAAAAUAAUCUGUUUAGCGUUUGAUAAAUAAUCCCAUGAGAUAUUAUACGAGGAUAAUAAACGAAUGAUAAUAUACCUGCAGUUUUUGAUGCUUGAAAAUAGACGUCGGUUCAUCACUAUUAUGUAUCGUGAUUUUUAUGUCAUGUUCAAUAAAUGAGUUAUGGUCUUUACGUAA